GUACAGCUCACCCUUUGAUCCAGUUCUGUUCGAUUUAGAAAUGGGUGGUUCAUCCUGCAAAAAUGCCUAUAAUAGCAGCACGUGUGUGCAAUCUGAUGAAAUAGAUCUUUCUGAUGUACUAUCAGGGAAUGGAAAGAUGAGCAAUUGUGCUGCAGCAGAAGGCAGUUUCACAGCUCUGACUGGGCUCCUGGAAGUGGAACCUCUGCACUUCAGUUGCAUUUCAACAAGUGAUGGCACAAGAGUGGAGAGAGAUGAUGCAAUGACUGGCUUUGGGCUCACAACAGCAGUAGGUGGGCUUACAACUGGCACAGUAGGAGAAGCCUCAACGGCCCUGAGUUCAGCAGCUCAAGUAGCCCUUCAGUCCCUCUCCCAUGCAAUGGCCUCAGCAGAGCAACAGCUACAGGUUCUGCAGGAGAAACAACAGCAGUUGCUAAAACUUCAGCAGCAGAAGGCCAAGCUGGAAGCCAAGUUGCAUCAGACUACGGCAGCAGCAGUAGCAGCGUCAGCACCUGGAGUCGGACCUAUUCACAACUCUGUGCCUUCUAGUGCCUCCACAGCACCUGGCUUUUUCAUACACCCCGCUGAUGUCAUUCCACCCACUCCAAAAACAACGCCAUUGUUCAUGACUCCACCAUUAACACCUCCCAAUGAGGCAGUUUCUGCAGCAAUCAGUGCAGAAUUAGCCCAGCUCUUUCCUGGCUCAGUUAUUGAUCCUCAUCCUGUCACUGUGGCCAUUCAUUCAAAAAAUGCCAACAAGUCCAAAACGAGUUCUCUGGGAACUGGUCUCGCUCUAGCAAUUUCUCAUGCUUCUCACCUACUUCAGCCUCCACCACAUCAAUCUAUUAUCAUUGAACGCAUGCAUUCGGGGGCUCGACGGUUUGUGACGCUGGACUUUGGGAGACCAAUACUCUUGACCGAUAUAUUGAUUCCAACCUGUGGCGAUUUGGCAUCUUUAUCAAUUGACAUUUGGACUCUGGGAGAAGAAGUGGAUGGAAGACGUUUAGUGGUGGCCACAGAUAUUAGUACACACUCACUGAUUCUUCAUGAUUUACUGCCUCCACCUGUUUGCAGGUUCAUGAAGAUUACAGUGAUUGGGCGUUAUGGAAGCACAAAUGCAAGAGCUAAAAUACCGCUUGGUCUGUAUUAUGGACACACUUACAUCUUACCAUGGGAAAGUGAAAUCAAGUUGAUUCAUGACCCUCUAAAAGGUGAAAGUGAUUCUGCAAGCCAGCCAGAAAUGGAACAGCAAUUAACAAUGAUGGUAGCUCUUCAAGAAGAUAUACAGUGCAGAUAUAACCUCGCUUGCCAUAGGCUGGAAACUUUGCUGCAGAAUAUUGAUCUUCCUCCACUGAAUAGUGCUAACAAUGCUCAGUACUUCCUACGGAAGCCUGACAAAGCAGUCGAAGAGGAUAGUAAAGUAUUUUCGGCACAUCAAGACUGCAUUCAGUUGCAGCUUCAGCUCAACUUGGCCCAUCACGCUGUGCAACGCCUUAGGGUGGCUCUUGGAUCCAGCAGGAAAACUCUGCCAGAAACAUACGACUCAACAGAAUUGAUACAGAAUUCUUCUACAGAGCAACUGCGCACAAUCAUCCGAUACCUUCUGGACACGUUGCUGAGCCUUUUACAUUCGUCCAGUGGUCAUGCUGUGCCAGCAGUUCUUCAAAGCACAUUCCAUGCACAGGCCUGUGAAGAACUAUUCAAACAUUUGUGUAUCAGUGGUACCCCAAAAAUCCGACUGCAUGCUGGACUGUUGCUUGUGCAGCUUUGUGGUGGAGAGAGGUGGUGGGGGCAAUUCCUGUCUAAUGUUUUACAAGAGCUUUAUAACUCUGAACAACAUCUCAUCUUCCCACAGGACAGGGUUUUCAUGUUACUUUCCUGCUUUGGUCAGCGAUCGCUGAGUAACAGUGGGGUCUUAGAAGGCCUGCUGAACCUUUUGGAUAACUUAUUAUCAUCUCUGCAACCACAAAUGGCAACAUACAGACGUACAGAGGGUGUGCUGGACAUCCCAAUGGUCAGUUGGGUUGUAAUGCUUGUAUCUCGGCUGUUGGACUACGUUGCAAGUGUUGAAGAUGAAGUGGCUGCGGCCAAAAAGCCAUUAAAUGGUAAAGACAGAGAACGGAUGCUGACAGGAAACCAGUGGAGCUUCAUCAAUAACAAUCUUCAGUCACAGGGUUCAGGCAAAACUACCAAAGGCAGCAGCAGUCUUGAUCGAUUAUAUUCAAGAAAAAUUCGGAAGCAACUCAUACACCAUAAGCAGCAACUCAAUUUGUUAAAAGCAAAACAAAAGGCAUUAGUUGAGCAAAUAGAAAAAGAGAAGAUCCAGAGCAGCAAAGGAUCUUCAUAUAAACUUUUGGUAGAACAGGCAAAGCUAAAGCAAGCUACGUCAAAGCAUUUCAAAGACCUCAUUCGUUUGCGCCGGACUGCAGAGUGGCCUCGCACUACUUUAGAUUCAGAAUCGUCUUCAACAAAAGACUCCCCAGAAGUGGAACCCCUUCCGUUUACUUUGUCCCAUGAUCGCUGCAUUGCUGUGGUUCAGAAGCUUGCACUUUUUCUUCUUUCCAUGGAUUUUACCUGUCAUGCAGAUUUACUGCUCUUUGUCUGCAAGGUUUUGGCACGUAUAGCAAAUGCUACAAGGCCAACAAUUCAUCUUUGUGAAAUUGUUAAUGAGCAGCAACUUGAAAGACUUCUCCUUCUACUGGUGGGAACAGACUUCAACAGGGGAGACAUCUCCUGGGGUGGAGCAUGGGCCCAAUAUUCUUUGACCUGCAUGAUUCAGGAUAUCUUGGCAGGUGAGCUGUUGUCACCAGUAACAAUAGAGACCAUGGAAGAAGGAGCAGUUGGUGAAGAUGCAGGGGCAUCAACAGCUGACUCUGAUGAUACCCUGCCUCAACCGCCUGUAAUUCCACUUGUGGAAUCUAUAGAUGAACCUCUGACUCCAGAUAUUACAGGUGCUCCAUCUGCAUCAUCUUUGGAAAAAGAUAAAGACAAAGACUUUGACAUGCUACAAGACCUCAUGGAUGUUGAUAUUGGUCCCCUAGAUGUUGACUUUGAUGAAGAUCCACUUGCUGCCAAAGUAUUCAAGCCAAUUAGCAGUACUUGGUACGACUAUUGGGGUACAGACUAUGGCACUUACAGUUACAAUCCUUAUGUUGGUGGCGUUGGAAUUCAGAUGCCGAAACCACCCCCUGCCAGUGAGAAGAAUGGAUCUCAAAGUGUAUCCGUUUCCGUCUCUCAAGCGCUGGAUGCCCGUCUGGAGGUUGGUUUGGAGCAGCAAGCUGAGCUUAUGUUGAAGAUGAUGGCUACGCUGGAAGCUGAUUCUAUUCUUCAGGCUCUCACUAAUACAUCACCUACAGUAUCUCAGCCACCUCCUGGAACUGAUGACUCCAUGUUGAGGGGCUUGCAUUCAUCUAGCCAGCUGAUUGUGCCACCACCAUCAAUCCCCAUGUUAAGUGCAUGUUUCAACAAACUGUUCUCAAUGCUCCAGGUUCAUCAUGUUCAGUUGGAAUCAUUAUUGCAGUUAUGGCUUACAUUGAACAUGAAUGCUUGUUCUGUUGGAAAUGAAGAUGCUGGAACAGAUGUUUUUUUAUUUAAUGCAAGCAGAGUUCCAACAAUCCCUUUAAGCCAAGCUUCAAUAUCUAGCCUCUUAACAGUGUUAGCCUGGUACCCAAACACUUCUCUACGGACUUGGUGCCUUGUGUUGCACAGUCUGACUCUUAUGACGAACAUGCAGCUGAAUGUUGCUCCAAGCAAUAGUAUGGUGUUGCAAGAAAACACAGCACAGGUGAUGGUUUCUGAUCCAAACAUGAUUCACGUAUUAGUGAGAUUCUUCUCAGGAACCAGCCCUCAUGGCACUUGUCAACACAGCCCACAGGUCGGACCAACAGCUACUCAAGCUAUGCUAGAGUUUCUUACUCGACUCCAGGUGCACCUCUCUUCAACCAAUCCUCAGAUGUUCAGUGAAUUCCUGUUGAAGCUUAUACAUAUACUUUCAACUGAAAGAGGCCCAUUCCAAACUGGACAAGGUCCACUGGAUGCACAGGUAAAACUCCUGGAGUUUACGUUGGAGCAAAACUUUGAGUCUGUUUCUGUCAGCGCAAUAUCUGCAGUCAUCGAAUCCGUGACUUUCCUGGUACAUCAUUACAUCACCUGCUCAGACAAGGUUAUAUCUCGAAGCGGCUCGGACAGUUCAGUUGGGGCCCGUGCCUGUUUCGGAGGAUUGUUUGCAAAUAUCAUUCGUCCAGGAGAUGCAAAAGCUGUAUGUGGGGAGACGACGAGGGAUCAGCUCAUGUUUGAUUUGCUUAAGUUGGUUAACAUUUUGGUGCAGUUGCCCCUUUCAAGUAACCGGGAGUACAGUGCCAGGAUGGCAGUUGCCAGCAGUGCGUCAGACAGCGUGUCUGAUGAGGAAAAGGUCUCUGGCAGUAAAGAUGCGAGCACAAACACCUCUUUCACACAAGGAGCAACAACUUGCAUUGCCGAUUUGGUUUUGGGAAAUCAGCAAAUCAUGAGCCAGAUCCUUUCAGCUCUGGGCCAGUGCAAUAGCAAUGCUAUGGCAAUGAUAAUAGGUGCAAGUGGAUUACAUCUUACAAAACAUGAGAACUUCCACAGUGGUUUAGAUGCCAUUUCAGUUGGUGAUGGUCUCUUCAGCAUUCUAACUACAUUAAGCAAAAAAGCCACUUCAGUGCAGGUCAUGCUGCAGCCAAUUCUUACAUAUAUGGCCUGUGGGUACAUGGGAAGACAGGGUUCCCUUUCAACAUGUCAGCUAUCUGAACCAUUGUUGUGGUUUAUUUUGCGAGUUUUGGAUUCCACUGAAGCGCUAAAAGCUUUCCAUGACAUGGGGGGUGUCCAGCUUAUCUGCAAUAACAUGGUAACUAGUACCCGAGCAAUUGUUAAUACAGCACGGAGCAUGGUAUCUACCAUAAUGAAGUUUCUUGACUGUGGACCCGGUAAGACAAUUGAUGGAAACAUGAAGGCUAGAGUAUUAGCUUCAGAGCCUGACAAUGCGGAAGGACUUCAUAACUUCGCUCCAUUGGGUACAAUAACUUCUAGUAGCCCAACAGCUCAGCCAGCUGAGGUACUGCUUCAGGCCACACCACCCCAUCGUAGAGCUAGAUCUGCAGCGUGGUCGUAUAUCUUCUUACCAGAAGAAGCAUGGUGUGACCUCACUAUCCACCUUCCAGCUGCAGUGCUGCUCAAAGAAAUCCAUAUUCAGCCUCACCUUGCAUCACUUGCUACCUGUCCUUCUUCAGUAUCGGUUGAGAUCAGUGCAGAUGGAGUGAACAUGUUGCCCCUUUCUACCCCAGUAAUUACCAGUGGGCUAACUUAUAUUAAAAUACAGCUGGUCAAAGCUGAGGUAGCAUCAGCUGUCUGUCUCCGGCUACACCGCCCACGGGAUGCCAGCACUUUGGGCCUAUCGCAGAUCAAACUACUGGGUCUUACAGCCUUUGGCAGCACUUCAUCUGCAACUGUGAAUAACCCUUUCCUGCCCUCGGAGGAUCAAGUUUCUAAAACCAGUAUUGGUUGGAUGCGACUUCUUCACCAUUGUUUGACCCAUAUCAGUGAACUUGAAGCAAUGAUGGCCAGUGCAGCAGCUCCUACUGCUAACCUGUUGCAGACCUGCGCUGCACUGCUAAUGUCACCAUAUUGUGGUAUGCAUUCACCAAAUAUCGAAGCUGUGUUGGUCAAGAUUGGAUUGCAGUCAACGAGGAUUGGCCUAAAACUGAUUGAUAUUCUCUUAAGGAAUUGUGCUGCUUCAGGCACUGACCCAGCAGAUUUAAAUAGCCCUUUGCUUUUCGGAAGACUGAAUGGUCUAUCUUCAGAUUCAACAAUUGAUAUCCUUUAUCAACUUGGAACAACUCAGGAUCCUGGUACGAAAGACAGGAUUCAAGCCUUGCUGAAGUGGGUUUAUGACUCUGCAAGAGUGGCUGCUCUGAAGAGAAAUGGCCACAUAGCCACUGUGAAUUCAGAGAAUGUAACUCGCGAGUAUGGCCUCCUUAUGCCAUCACCUUCUCACUUACAUUGCGUAGCUGCUGUCCUGUGGCAUAGCUAUGAGCUACCUGUCGAGUACGAUCUUCCAGGUUUAUUAAACAGAGAACUGUUCGAGUUGCUGUUCAACUGGUCCAUGUCACUUCCUUGCAACAUGGUUCUGAAGAAAGCUGUAGACAGUUUGCUAUGUUCCAUAUGUCACAUUCAUCCCAGCUACUUUUCUUUGUUAAUGGGCUGGAUGGGCAUCACUCUGCCUUCUCUACAAAUGCAACACAGGCUUUCAAUGACAGAUGACAGCAAGAAAGAGGACAUGGAUUCUGGUUUAACGGAUGAUUCCAAAAAUGCACAAGCACCCAUUGUGCUAAAUGAAUCUCACCUUGUUACUCUUGCUGCAGCAACCCAAUCUCCAGAAGCUAUCAAACAGCUCCUGGAGUCAAGUCUACCGUCAAUGCUUGUGAAGAGCCUGAUCAAUUUUUGCUUCAAUCAUAUUUCCAGUUUGGAUUGUACAGUGCCUUAUGCAGAGGUCACCACAGACAGAAACAAGUGGCAUCAUUCCCAGCAGCGUGUAAUCAGCAAGGUUCCCCUCACGGCAGAUCUGGUGGCUCCUGUUCUGCGGUUUCUAACUGAAGUAGGUAGCAGCCAUACCAUGAAGGAUUGGUUAGGGGGGCCUGAAGUAAACCCCCUGUGGACUGCUCUAUUGUUCUUGCUGUGCCAUUCCAGUAGCAGCAGCUCUGGACACCAACAUCACAAUGGGUCCCAGCAUAUUGGAUCAAGAUACCUUCCUUCUGCCUCUUCACCUGCAGGAGUAGGACUGACCACUCAACAGAGAACAGCAAUUGAAAAUUCCACCGUUGCAUUCUUCUUGCAGUGCAUUUCUUGUCAUCCAAACAAUCAGAAAUUAAUGGCUCAGGUUCUCUGUGAAUUAUUCCAAUCAACACCUCAGCGUCCAAAUGUCCCGACAUCUGGAAAUAUUUCUGGCUUUAUUAGGAGGCUUUUCCUGCAGCUAAUGCUUGAAGAUGAGAAAGUGACUGUGUUUCUUCAUUCUCCUUGUCCUCUUUAUAAAGGCAGAAUUAAUGCUACUAGCCAUGUCAUUCAACAUCCCAUGUAUGGAGCCGGACAUAAAUAUCGCACACUUCAUUUGCCAAUAUCAACCACUUUGGCUGAAGUUUUGGACCGUGUAUCAGAUACACCAAGUAUCACAGCUAAGUUAAUCAGUGAGCAAAAAGAAGAAAAGGAGAAAAGGAACCAGGAGGAAAAAGACAAGUUGAAGAGUGAUAAUGGCUUUCAAGACAACUACAGUGUUGUUGUUGCCUCUGGUUUGAAGUCCCAAUCAAAGAGAGCUGUUUCAUCGACACCCCCAAGGCCACCAUCGAGGAGAGGAAGAGUGAUGACUGAUAAAUUGGCAACUACUUCUGCAUCUACAGAAUCUGCUAACAAAACAAUUAGUGUCCCUGUGUUCCAUCUGUACCACAAACUUUUACCAGGUCAACCACUGCCAGCAGAGGUGACACUAGCCCAGCUGUUAACUCUGUUGUAUGAUCGCAAACUCCCUCAAGGCUACCGGUCAAUAGAUUUGACUGUCAAACUUGGAUCUAAAGUAAUCUGUGACCAAGUAUUAUCAAAAACUGAUUCAUUUAAGCGUCUUCGCACGGACAAAGAACUUGGGGAUGGUCUCACCAGCUGUCCUGAAGAUGAAGUUUUGCAGCCAAGUGAUGACUGCAUAGAUAGUGUCUUGGAUGAAUCUUUGCUCGAAACAAAUCCUAUCCAGUCUCCACUUCAGGUGUUUGCUGGCAUGGGUGGGCUAGCACUUAUAGCAGAAAGGCUGCCAAUGUUGUAUCCUGAUGUUAUCCAGCAAGUGAGUGCUCCAGUAGUAACUUCGACUUCCCAAGAGAAACCGAAGGACAAUGAACAGUUUGAAUGGGUUACAAUAGAACAGUCUGGUGAAUUAGUCUACGAGGCUCCUGAAACCAUAACUGCAGAGCCACCACCAAUCAAAUCAACUGUUCCUGCAAUGUCUCCCAUCCCAGCACAUUCUCUCGCAGCCUUUGGACUCUUCCUUCGUUUACCAGGAUAUGCAGAAGUACUCCUCAAAGAACGGAAACAUGCCCAGUGCUUGCUCAGAUUGGUGCUCGGCGUAACAGAUGAUGGUGAAGGCAGUCACAUCCUACAAUCUCCAUCAGCAAAUGUUCUUCCCACACUUCCAUUCCACGUUUUGUGCACUUUAUUCAGUACCACACCAUUGACUACUGAUGAUGGAGUUCUCCUUCGGCGGAUGGCUUUGGAAAUUGGAGCAAUUCAUCUUAUACUGGCUUGCCUUUCUGCACUUAGCCACCAUGCCCCAAGGGUGCCCAAUGCAGGUGCUAACCAAACAGAGCCGCAAGUUUCCAGUGUGCACACAAACUCUUCUACUGAAGACCAGCAGUUAUAUUGGGCCAAAGGCACAGGCUUUGGAACAGGUUCUACUGCAUCAGGUUGGGAUGUGGAACAAGCUCUAACUAAGCAGAGACUGGAGGAGGAGCAUGUUACCUGUCUUCUGCAGGUUCUUGCCAGUUAUAUAAAUCCUGGGGGAAGCAACUUAUCCGGAGAAGUACAGCUUGGUGAAAAUAGAGGACACAACAAUAAUGCCCUUCCUUCUGUGCUUGUGGAGUUACUCAGUCAAUCCUGUCUUAUUCCUGCUAUGUCAUCCUAUUUGAGAAAUGACUCUGCUUGUCGGUUUGGUGAAGGAGGCAAGUCGAGUAUUAUGGGAAUGCUUUUCCUGCCCCCAACAUAUAGCCUGAUGAAAAACCACACAGCGUGAUAUUUACAGCUGGAGAGACC